AUGACUGCUCAAGCUACUCUCGACAAACUAGAUGCUACAUUGAUGACUUCAAAAACAGUUGUUUCUAGUUGUAAAAGUACUGAAACUGCUACUCGCAAUGCGUUGCGUACUUCUGAUGUUUACGCGACGAUGGGACCAUUGCCUCAACGGUUCGAAGAGCCAGAUACAUGGAACUACAAGAUCAAGAAACAAAAUCCACUUUAUACAACUACUACAAACCAGUAUGGACAGCAACAUCCUACAAUUCAUGAUAUGCCAACUGUGUUUCGAGGUCAAACAUCAAAAUUCAGCGAGCACUUGAAUAUAUCUGGUCCUUAUCGCAACUUUUCUCUUAAUAUCUGA